AUGACGACGGCGGUGACGAUGGAGAGCGACGCGAUACCGGACGGCGAAGCGAUGGCCGCGAACGGUGGCACGAGCAGCAAAAUUUGCAGCGUGUGCGGGGAUAAGGCACUCGGGUACAACUUCAACGCGGUCACCUGCGAAAGCUGUAAGGCGUUUUUCAGGCGCAACGCCCUUUCGACGAAAAGCUUCACGUGCCCGUUCAACGAAAACUGCGAUGUUACGAUCGUCACCCGGCGGUUCUGCCAGAAGUGUCGGCUCGAAAAGUGUUUCCGAAUCGGCAUGAAGAAGGAGUAUAUCAUGUCCGAGGAGGACAAGGUGCUGAAGCGCAAAAAAAUCGAACAAAACCGUGCCAAGAAGCGGCUGAGCAACGGCAGCACGAUGGAGGACGGUGUCGUGUCCGGUGAGCGCGUUUCACACACCGUCCGAAAUGGUGUGCCAUCGAAGGUGAAACGGGAGAAAUCACUAGAAUCCUUCGAUGACGGUGACUGCUGGAAUAAUUCCUCGUCGUCCGAGUAUACAUCGCAGGAGCUCUUGCAAACACACGGAGCUGGCAGCUUGUCAUCGGCCACGACACUGACCAUCCUGGAGCCGCCCUCUAAUUCGUCAAAUCAAUCGAUCAUUUCCAACGGAACGUCGAAUGGUUACAGUCGGCUGUCUUCACCGUCGGACCUGAGCAAUACGCCUAGUUCUUCGGCAUACAUUCCUCACAGCUCGCUGUCGUCGGAGGCAGAGCUGCUGUCUUCUGCCGUUGCAUCUCUGCAGUCAUCGGCAAACGCUGCCAAACCGCCGGAGGAAUCGCCUUCAUCGCAAACGAACGCCCCAAACGGCACACGAGUGGGCGGAAGCGAUGACCGCCUCGCUCCGGUCACGAUUGAUUCGAGCGCGGAAGAUAUCGUGAAUCACAUCGUGAACUAUCCGACCCGGGCAAGCCAAACGAUUGCUUCGCUCAUGAAAACCCCCAAAGACGCGGUGUUCAUAAUGUCGAAGAUCAUCAACUCGCAGUGCGAUGCGCUAAAGCUGAUUAGCCACUUCAUAACCGCACCGGGCGAUGCGUUGCAGAUAAUUAGCAAAAUAAUGAACUCGCCGCUGGACGCGCUGACGGUGUUCGCUCAGUUCAUGAGCUCCCCAACGGACGCGCUGCAGCUGAUAGGAAAAAUCGUCAGUUCACCGGCGGACGUGCUGCAGUUUAUGCAGCAGCUCAUGAACCAGCCGGAAGACGCGCUGCAAAUAAUGAACAAGUUCAUGAGCUCCCCUGCCGAAGCGCUGCAGAUGAUCAACAAGAUGAUGAACCAUUCCGACAUAGUGAAAACCAUCAAGGAAGCGGCCGAUACGUCCCAGAAAGAUGAGGAAGAUCAGCAACAACCGCCGAUGUCACGCCCCCAACCGUCCCCUGUGGUGUCGGAGUCCGAAAACGUUGAUUCGCUUGCGUCCGAGCAGCAGCAUCAGAUGAUACGCUCCUUGAUGCAGGAAUCAGCAAACGCCCCUGAACCGGCUGGUGCGAUCAGUGCGGCCGCUUCGCCUUCGUCGACGUCCAACUACGAACCUCCGUACACGUCGAUGCUCGAUCCGCUGCUCUCGAGCACCACGAUCUCGCUUGCACAUUCCAAUCACUAUCACGCCGGGCAGCUUCAAAUGGCCACCACGAUCCAACCGGCGGCGUCGCCAAGUUGCUCCAGCGAAAUGGUUGACGUUGCAUUUUCCGCCUCAUCUACGUUGGGAAACGAACCACCGAUGAUGGAAGCACCCGCUGCCAACGAUUUGGGCAUUUUUCAGGACAUCGAAGCUAAACCGGUCAUGCCAAACACGCUGGAGUCGAUUCUCAUGCAGGCGAUAAAACUCGAGUACGAAGGCUACAACAGCAGCCCGAUCGGUUCGAGCACGGGUCAGCAAUCGACAUCGCAUCACCCGCCGGUUGGGAACAAUAGCAUCGAGUUAAAUGAUGCUGAAAGGGCCAAGCUGAACGAGCUGAUUGUGGCCAAUAAAGCGCUGUACGCACCCGUUGACGAAGAUCUCGCAUCUCUCAUCUCCGACGACUGCCGCAUGAAGACAAACCAAACUCAACAAGAUCCGCAACUGCUAAAGGUGAUAAAUCUAACCGCCAUCGCCAUUCGGCGUUUAAUCAAGAUGUCCAAAAAGAUCAGUGCGUUCAAGAAUAUGUGCCAGGAAGACCAGCUAGCGCUGCUGAAGGGAGGCUGCACGGAAAUGAUGAUUCUGCGGUCCGCGAUGCAAUACGACUGUGAUAGAGCGACAUGGAAGAUUCCCCACAGUCAGGAGGAAAUGUCAAACAUACGAGCGGAUGUGCUCAAACUUGCCAAAGGAAACGUUUACCAGGAGCACGAGCGUUUCAUACGAACGUUCGACAAGAAAUGGCGAUCGGACGAGAACAUCAUAUUGAUAAUGUGUGCUAUCACGCUGUUUUCUCCAUAUCGCCCCAAAACCAUUCAUUCGGAUGUGAUCAAACUAGAACAGAACUCUUACUACUAUCUACUGCGUCGUUAUCUGGAAAGCAUCUACCCGGGAUGUGAAGCGCGCUCAGUAUUUCUUAAGUUGAUGCAGAAAAUUUCGGAGCUGCACUGCUUGAAUGACGAAAUCAUAAGCGUUUACCUUAACGUCAAUCCAUCCGAGGUGGAACCGCUGCUACGAGAAAUUUUCGACCUGAAAGUGCAUUAA